AGUUCAUAGAGGUCACCCGACGCAUCGUCGGCACUAAAUGCUGGAAAAGAGAAUAAUUAAUGAGGUAGAUGCACUGGAAAAUAUUGGCAGUUUUUCCCUCACAUUUUUUGCCGCAAUUCAAUGGACAUUGCAUCGCUCCUUUAUUCGUCCGUCUUAGCCACUAGGGGUCUGUAUAAUACAGACAUAACGGUUAUACUGUACAGGUUCUCGGCUCCUCAGUAUGGGAGUAAUAUUCAGUCGUUCUUCACGGAGAAUAAAGAAUAUAUACCUGACAUUGGUCACCAUCCCUUGCAAGGCAAGUUGUCUUCCCUUGAUAAGAGACUUCAAGUGGUGUGGUCCUUAUCGCUACGGCCAUUUAAAGGCUACUCGACUCAAGCAUCGGGAGUCAUGGAAGAAGAUUCAAAGGUGGAACCAGAACCAGUAGCGGGGACAUCAACGGAGUGGACAUCAUCAACGGAGUGGACAUUGCCGGAGUGGACUUCGGCGGCGGAGGCGGAGCCGGACAACAGCCAAGUAGACGACAGCCCGGAGACGUUCGAGGUGACGGCCCAGGGCUUGAAAGACCUGAUGAAGAGCAUGGAGAAGAUGUUCUCGGACGUGGAGGAACUGAGGAGCCAGUGUAGCGACCAGGCCAAGGAGCUGCUCGAGGCCGCUGUGGAUCUGAAACAGCAGCAGGACGAGCUGAAGGAGAGCUACAAGGAGCUCGCCGCGGAAAUGGAGGAGAUCAUGGAAGCGCUGGACGAUAUUUGCAUCACCAAGAGCGCCUCCGAGGCCAGGGAGAAGGAAGCGGAGAAGCUGAACAAGCAGUUUUGAAGGACACGGAGUGACUUCAGGCGUCGUGGUUUAAAAUAAUAAUAAUAAUAAUAAUAAUAGCUCUGGUUUUGGAAUUGAAUGUGUGAGUUUAAGUAUGUUCAUGUUGUACGUCAGUCACUCUUGCUCAAAGUUAAGUGGGACAGGCUAUGCUCUUGUUUACCAGCCACACGAAUAAGAACAAGCACUAUAGAAAAUGGAUGGAUGGAUGCAUAGAUGUUUAAAAAUUUGAUUAUUAUAGAGUUGCAUGAAAAAUAAUCCCCUGCCAAGAUGGACAUCUCACGGCCUGGUUUAUAUCUGACAACAUGGUUUGCCAAGUCACUCUGUAUUGCCAUUACUAAGUAAUUACAACACAAUUACAUGCUUGUAAGGAGAUUUUAAACAUAUUAAAUGCACGCUAACACUGUCCAACACGCUGAUAGUAUCGCCCAAAAAUGUUAUCAGUGUCUUUCAUUUCAAUUGAGUUAAAAAAAAAAUCGUAAAUAAAAUAAAUGUAACUUGAAAGAUGAUUAACUGUGUCACAAGAACUGAUCCUGUAUCUGGAAACUUAUUGUUUUGUUGAUGAGCAUUUAUGGGCCGUGUAUGUUUCACGAUUUGCUAUAUUGAUUUGCACUUCCAGGCCACCGUACCACACAGUGUAUUUAGAAGCAUAUAUCAAAUUUUGUUGUGUUUAGCGACGCCCCGUUUGUGAUUAUGACACUUUAUUGGGAGGCCGCUUGUGGAUGCUGUUAGUAUGAAAAUUUGAGUUAUUGCUUCAACCAAACUGAAGUGCCUCUGCUCAUAACAUCUUGCAUCUGAAAAUUGAUGCUAAUAUCUUAUGAGACGCUUAUAUCUUUUGCAUGCUUUGGACAAUAUUUUUCCAAUGAAAGAUUCCACAAGAUCUUUUUCAUUUGUGCAAUGGAAGAUUGUGUUACCUUAAUUUUAAUUAUUCUUUCCUGUUGCUGUAUUUAUAUUUGUUUAUAAACAUCUCUAAUACUCAUUAUGCUUUUCAAAAUGACAAAAUGAA